AUGCUCAUGUGCUUGACCAGGAGCAGAUUUGGUAGAGAGUACACCUUCAGACUUCAUGUUGAAGAAGGAGUGGAGAUUCCAAAUAUACCGGUACAUCCAAUUGGAUACAAUGAUGCAGAGAUACUGUUACGAAACUUGGGAGGAGCUGCUCCACCAGACAAAAGCUGGAAGGGAACUCUAAAUGUUAGUUACAAUAUCGGGCCUGGCUUUACAGGAAGUGAAUAUUCCAGGAAAGUUAGAAUGCAUGUUAAUAAUAUUAACAAAAUCACAAGAAUUUGCAAUGUAAUUGGAACUAUCAGAGGAUCCAUAGAACCUGAUAGGUAUGUCAUUCUGGGAGGUCAUCGUGACUCCUGGGUGUUUGGAGGGAUUGACCCUACCACUGGGACAGCAGUUUUGCAAGAGAUUGCCCAGAGUUUUGGGAAACUGAUGAAUCGAGGCUGGAGACCUAGGAGAACUAUCAUCUUUGCCAGCUGGGAUGCAGAAGAGUUUGGGCUGCUGGGUUCAACUGAAUGGGCUGGCAAUUACACUCUACGAGUUGACUGUACUCCUCUUCUUUACCAGUUGGUGUAUAAAGUGGCAAGAGAGAUCUCCAGCCCUCAUGAUGGUUUUGAAAGUAAAUCACUUUAUGAAAGCUGGCUGGAAAAAGAUCCUUCACCUGAAAAUAAAGAUUAUCCUAGAGUCAAUAAGCUGGGAUCUGGAAGCGAUUUUGAGGCUUAUUUUCAGAGACUUGGAAUUGCCUCAGGCAGAGCUCGCUACACUAAGAACAGGAAAACAGAUAAAUACAGCAGCUAUCCUGUAUACCAUAUCAUCUAUGAGACGUUUGAAUUAGUAGAGAACUUUUAUGACUCUACAUUUAAAAAACAGCUUUCUGUGGCUCAGUUUCGAGGAGCAUUGGUAUAUGAGCUUGCAGACUCUGUUAUCAUUCCUUUCAACAUUCAAGACUAUGCAAAAGCCUUGAAAACCUAUGCAGCAAAUAUCUUCAGUUUAUCAAAGAAACAUGAACAGCAACUGAGAAACUAUAGAGUGGCAUGUCCUAUUGCAGUGCGAAUUAUGAAUGACCAACUGAUGCUUCUGGAAAGAGCAUUCAUAGAUCCUCUUGGUUUACCUGGAAGGCAGUUCUACAGGCACAUCAUCUUUGCUCCAAGUAGCCACAACAAAUAUGCUGGAGAAUCAUUCCCUGGGAUUUAUGAUGCCAUGUUUGAUAUCGAAAAUAGAGCAGAUCCUCACUUGGCCUGGGCAGAAGUGAAGAAACAUAUUUCUAUUGCCACUUUCACGAUUCAAGCAGCAGCAGGGACACUGACAGAUGGGCUGUAAAGCUCCUGUCAAGUAACUUCAUCACUAACAGCACUGCAGAGGGCUUGAGAGUGAAGCUGUUAGAGGGAGGUCUCACUCAAAUGGAUUCACCACUAAAGGUGCUGCUGAGACAAAAGGUCUUUUUCUCUGAUGAUUCACGAAGCCAGGGUAUUCUAAAACCAUCAUUUUCAGGUCAUGUUUUGUAUGACCACCUUACUUAUCUGUCCUGUUUUUUUUUCUUUUUCCCAUUUUAACUCUUGUAUGCAUAUUCAGUGAAAGUGAAAUUGGAAGCAAUCCAAAUGUUCAUGGACAGAUAAUUGAAUUCAUUGUGGUAGACAUGCACAAAAAAAUACUACUGAAAAUGAAAGAACUGCUGAACAUCCAAUAUUAUUGGUAGAUCUUGCUGAGUAAAAAGUUGGACAUCAGUGAGUCCAGAAGACCAAACUAAUCUACACUACUAUUUAUCUUUUCAAUGGAAAAACUUCUGGGGUAAAUGGAAUUUUCCAUACCUCCGGCUUAGUGUUAGUUACCAAAUCUCAUCAAGCUGUCAUUUAAAUGUCUACAUUUUAUUGAAAAUUAUUUUGAAAUAAAUUUGAUUAUGAGGGGGAAAUCCCACCAAAAAAAGAAGUCAGGUAAAGAAACAGAAAUAGUACAUCAUCCCUUGUAAAUGAUCAAGGAAUACAUGACGUACAAAUGGUACUUUGAUAACUUCAGUUCUACUGAAUAAACAUGUAAUUCUUACAAAUGAGGAAAUAACCACUCCAACUCUCCACCCUAAUUCCUUUAAGAAAAAUUCAACAGCAUUACAGGGUUUUAGGCAGAGCCUUGGGAUUACAGGUAAAUAUCAUUGAAGUUUCAUCCAGUAAGAAAGGAUGCAUACUUGGCUCGAUGGUAUGACACUUGCUUCAUUUCUUAAAGAACCAAGUUUUUUCCUCAGUAUUACACACACACACACACACACACACACACAC